CCAACUCCCAAACAAAGUGGAAUGGCUUCACUCUCCACCACCGCUACCACACGUGUUCCUACUUUAACCACCACUCACAGAACCUCUUCGACGCGAGCACAAGCUUUGCCUCCACCCCAGCCCUCUUCUCCUCGCACGCGGACAGUGGAGAAGGAAUUGGAGAAGCUGAAGGCGAAGGAAGCGAAGGAGAGGAAGGAGAUGGUCAAUAGAAAGAUAGCAUCACAGAAAGCUGUGUCUGUUAUACUUUGGAGAGAAGCCACGAAAGCCGUUAUUGACAAGAAAAAGAAGAAGGGUCCCAUCAAUUCCAAGAAGCUUCUUCCCCGAACCGUCCUUGAAGCCCUCCACGAAAGAGUCACGGCUCUGCGUUGGGAAUCUGCUCUCAAGGUUUUUGAACUACUGCGUGAACAGCUCUGGUACAGGCCUAACUCUGGUGUAUACAUCAAGCUAAUAGUCAUGCUUGGAAAAUGUAGGCAACCUGAGAAAGCUCAUGCACUCUUUCAAGCUAUGGUUGAUGAGGGUUGUGUUUUAGAUUGUGAAUCUUACACUGCAUUGCUAUCUGCCUAUAGCAGGAGUGGUCACAUGGACACAGCCUUCUCUCUUCUCGAGGAAAUGAAGAGGACACCUGGCUGUCAGCCUGAUGUUCAAACUUAUUCAAUCCUCAUAAAAUCUUGCUUGCAUGUUUUUGCAUUUGACAAAGUUCACAGUCUUUUAUCUGACAUGGCCAAUCAUGGAAUCAAACCCAACACAGUUACCUACAACACCCUUAUUGAUGCUUAUGGGAAGGCAAGAAAGUUUUCGGAAAUGGAAUCUAUACUUGUGGAAAUGCUUGCUGACCGGCAUUGCCAACCUGAUGUAUGGACCAUGAAUUCUACUCUGAGGGCCUUUGGAAACAUUGGGCAAAUAGAAACAAUGGAGAGGUGUUAUGAUAAGUUCCAGUCUGCUGGAAUCCAACCUAACGUUCAGACUUUUAAUAUUCUCUUGGAUUCCUAUGGCAAGGCUCAGGAUUACAAGAAAAUGAGUGCUGUGAUGGAAUACAUGCAGAAGUACCAUUACUCUUGGACAAUUGUGACCUACAAUAUUGUGAUUGAUGCUUUUGGGAAGGCUGGGGAUCUCAAACAGAUGGAGUAUUUGUUUAGACUAAUGCGGUCAGAGAGAAUAAAGCCUAGUUGUGUUACACUAUGCUCACUGGUGAGGGCUUAUGCACAUGCGGGUAAGCCUGAAAAAAUUGGUGGUGUCUUGCGUUUUGUUGACAAUUCAGAUGUAUCACUGGACACUGUAUUCUUUAAUUGCUUGGUGGAUGCUUAUGCGAGGUUAGGUUGUUUAGCUGAGAUGAAGGGAGUGCUUGAGAUGAUGAAACAGAGAGGUUGUAAACCCGAUAUCAUUACUUAUAGAACCAUGAUUAAAGUUUAUUCAUUUAAGGGCAUGAAUAGCCAUGCUAAGGAGCUCAUAGAGCUCCUUCCAACUGUGAAGAGGCCUCCACUAAAAAGGGACAAGCCUGACUUUUGAUGAGAAAAUCCACUGAUACACCGUUCUAAUAUGUUUGGCUUUAUCUGAUCUGUUUAUUUGUGCAUAUAUCUACUAGCCUUUGAAGCUGGCUGUUUCUUAACUUUCCAUCCUUUAGGAGAUAAAGGGUAGCAAUUUCUCAUGCACUUUUUUAACCUACUAUCCUUUAUUGGGUGG